GUAAAAUGAACUGGAAAUAUCGGUGGCCAUAAACAGUAGUUGAGCGGUCAGAAUCAGUACAUCUUCUAGUUCCAAGGAAUUGGUGGGAAGACGGUUACGGGCACAGCUCAUCCGAAAACUAUAUCCUUCGACCUUAUUGCAAAGGGAAGACUUUCUUCUCCAAACGCCAACCCGAAAAGAAGACCCAAACAAAGAAGUCCCGAGUACAAGUGUACAACUACUAACUUGUAAAACCAAAAACUGCAUAUGUAGGAUCGGAGGAAUCCGCAAACCACCACAAGGGCUUUGGGCAAAAGGUGGGAAUCACCGCCGAAUCAGAGUGUUCAGUUCCCCAUUUACCUGACCGCCCGUGAUUUGAGGCCACCGUUGCCUACCACCGUCGCAACGGCAGGGGAGAUGGUGGGAACGGCGAGACCGGUGUUCGUGUUGUUUGGAUCCUCCAUCGUCCAGUUCAGCUAUGGAGUUGGUGGGUGGGGCGCUAUGCUUUCUGACUACUACUCUCGCAAGGCAGACAUUUUGAUAAGAGGAUAUGGAGGUUGGAACUCGAGGGAUGCUCUCAAGGUUCUUGAACAAGUUUUCCCAAAGGAUGCUGCCACACAUCCUGCACUGGUUAUAGUCUAUUUUGGUGGGAAUGAUUCGUGCAGCCAAGACCGGUCCAUUGCUCAUGUACCUCUUCCUGAGUACUACGAAAACAUGAACAAGAUUGCUGCUCAUCUCAAGGGCCUUUCUGAGACGAUUCGCCUCAUCUUUCUUACUCCUCCCCCAGUCAAUGAGAAGAUGGUCACUAAAUAUUUUGGAGAUUGUGGUCGCACAAAUGAGAGAUGCCGGAUGUAUGCAGAAGCUUGUAUGAAGAUGUGCUCGGAAAUGGGGGUUACAUGCAUUGAUCUGUGGUCUGUGUUCCAGCAACAACGGGAGGACUGGCAGACUGCCUAUUUCAUAGAUGGGAUCCAUCUGACAUCAGAAGGGAGCAAGGUAGUGGGGAAUGAGAUCUUGAAGGUGAUAGAAGAGUCGGAGUGGGAACCAAGCCUGCAUUGGGAGUCGAUGCCCUGUGAAUUCUCAGGAGUCACCCUCUUCGAUACGCUUGGCUACAACCACUUCUUGAACUCAAGCCUGCCAUGAGAAACUUGGCUUGGUAGUCAAAGCUUACAUGUGCGAUUCUGAACCCUUUGUUUCUUUCUUUGGCUUUCUUUUGUCCGUCGUCUCUCUGCGGUAACAACAAAAGCAAAAUAUGAGAAAAAUGAAACAUUGGUGUUUGUGGUGGAAGCCUGCCAAAAUGCUAAAAGGAAUAAAUUGGUAAGCCCCGUGACUAGCAGAACCCACACCCAGCCAAGAAUACUAAAAGCAUAAACCUUGUGAUGGUCCAUUUGCUCCAAAGAGAAGCUUAUCAAGGGCCAAUGCGAGAGAGUCCAUAAAUUUUUAUGAUGAGGCAGGCCUGACUUAAUGAAUACCAAUUCAGACUGCCUCCUUUCUUUUUGAAGAGUUGGAGCCGGUCUGGAUUCAAGGGAUCAAUCUGGACCUUUUAUAAUGUACUUAGAUUGUCAAUUUCAUUAAUUUCUUCCAAAACAGGGAUAAGUACUGAAUUGAUAUUUGGACGGAUCAAAUAAACCUUUUAACUUGCUCCCCGACCCUCAAAUUUUCAUUAUGUUGAGCUAAUUUAUCAUGAUGCAACUCGGUUAUGGAGCAGAUCAAACCAUGACUGUUGCUUCCAAAACUCUUGAUGCCAUCUUCAACACUAUCCCACCACGGACAGAACGUGUCCAUCUGUCAAAGGACAUGCCCUGUGGAAAUACAUAGCAAGUCUUUUUUGCUAAAUUAUCAAAAAUUAGCUAAAAGUACGAUUUAAUUCUAAAAAAAAUUCUCAGUUUCUCUCCCAAUUUCAGGUUAGGGUCGCGAUCUCUGAUGACGGUCGUCGUUGACGGAGCCUCAUCGGGCGCCGUUGGUGGCGGCCGAUCGUGGGCUUCGUUGUUCGGUGUCUCUGAGGAUUCAAAAUUGGAGUUCUAUGAGCCGGAAUUGGUCAAUGGGUCAAUUCGAGUUCCAAAAGCGGUGCUGGAAGAGGGUGCUCGGGAGUGAGAAAACAGUUUAGUUGGUCAAUUUCUGGGAGCUCCACCAUCGCUAGCGAACGAUUCGUUCCUGGGCGAACUGGUUAUGGGGUAGGGAAGGUGAAGUGCGUGUCUCUUGGUUGGAGGAUCGUCUGAUUCUUUUCAAGUUCCCCACAGAGGCGGUUUAUCAAUGGCUUUUUGAAGGUCCGGUCCGAGAAUAGUUUGGUCCGGUCUGGGACCGAAUCGAGAGAUACCCACCCCUAAUAACAAGAAUUAGACGAAAACAUCCAUCAAAGAAGAAUUAAACAAAUCCAACAACCGGAAGACACUGUCGGUCUCCUUUAACGGAUGCCCCUGCCCCCAAUGCAUAUGUCGUGAGUACAUCAUCCUUAUUCUCACACGACAGGCAGAACAAAACAAAACAAAAACAAGAAGAAAACCAGAGAAACGAGGCAAACAAGGUCCAAGUUGGGGAGGAAGAGAUGGCAGGUCUAGCAAGGCCACAGUUCGUGCUGUUUGGGUCAUCAAUUGUUCAGAUGAGCUUCAGCAAUGGCGGAUGGGGUGCUAUUCUCGCCGACAUCUACGCUCGUAAGGUACAAAACCGGCCCCCACAUCCUCCUCAAUUCUCUCCCUCCCCCAUUUUACUAUCUUCAUUCAGCACCGCCACUGAUGAACUGGGCAGAGCAGGCCGACAUAGUGCUGCGUGGAUAUUCAGGUUGGAACUCCAGGCGAGCUCUCCAAGUUCUCCAUCAAGUCUUCCCCAAAGACGCCGCCGUCCAGCCUUCCCUCGUCGUCGUUUACUUCGGCGGCAAUGACUCAAUUCACCCGCACCAAACAGGGCUCGGCCCUCACGUCCCUCUUCCCGAAUACGUCGACAACAUGACCAAAAUCGCCCUCCAUCUCAAGAGCUUAUCCGACAAGACCCGGGUGAUUUUCCUCACUGCCCCUCCUGUAGCCGAGGACCUUAUGAACACAACGCUAGGUAAUGUGUUCGACAUGGUUCGGACGAAUGAGGCGUGCGGGGUUUACUCCCGAGCGUGUAUGAAGCUGUGCGACGAGAUCGGCGUUAAGGGAGUGGAUCUCUGGAGUUCGAUACAGCAAACAGACAACUGGAAGAAUUGCUUCACGGAUGGAAUCCAUCUGUCGCCGCAGGGGAGCAAGGUGGUGGUGAAGGAGAUUCUCAAGGUCAUCAAGGAAGCAGAAUGGGAGCCAAGCCUCGACUGCAGAUUCAUGCCGGUCGAGUUUCCAGAAGAUUCGCCAUACGAUAUGGUUGGUAACGACGGGAAGACUAUCAAUAUCUGCAAUUUCGACUUCAACAAAAUUGCUCUCUGGGAUUAAUGAGAGUUCACUGCCAGUAGACAGGGUUUCGCGUCAACUCUGUCUAUUUGGAGUUUUAGCUAUCCAAUGCUGUCCCUGUUCUAUUUGUAAUUUGAUCGACUGUCCGAGGACAAGAAAACAAAGGGACAUUGUGUCGUCCAUAAUAAUGAACACAAGAAAUAAGUCAAACGUGUUAAAAAAUUGAAUCAACUCACUCGAUCAUGUCUCAUCUUUGUUUGUUCUGACGUAGUUAUAUUACAAGAGAAGGUAAGUUAAAGUUCCUAUCAGAUGUGCCCCAGCCAAACAACCCCGCCUUCACCAUUCUCCCUAAAUGUGUCCAGCGACGAAGUCAUACAGAUUCCCCCAAACCAAGCGUAUAUAACAUGUAUAUUAUCCGGUUACAAAAGAAUGAUAAUACAUACAAAAUGAGCAGAGCAUGAACAAAAGGCAGCAGCAAAACCACGAACAAAAAAAAAAACAGAUAACAAGGAAACCAGCACAAUUUUCCCCUUCUAAAGCUCCCCCGGCAACCUAAUUCGAACCAUAUC